AGAUAUGGAUUAAAGUCUUAAUUUAAACACUUAAUACCAUGUUAAUUCUUCUUACUAGAGUUUUAACACAGCUCUCUUUCCAGGAGGGAAUGUUCUUUUAAAGACCCCAGAAAGCCACAAACAGAAUAAAAGGGUAUGUUUGUCAGUUCAGUGGGGUGGGUUUUGCUACAAGUUGUGAACUUGUGUUAAAAUUGACUCUGCUCCUGAGAUGAGUGUGGACAGUUUGAUUGCUUGACCCUGCCACAAAGACUUGAGCUUUGGUGUGCUCAGGGGUGCUUUGUAAAACAAAUGUGAGUAGUGCUGUAUUUUUUUAAAUGGAAAAACUACUGUGUAUUCCAGUGACAGCCUGUUCAAAUUAAUUUUUCCAGAAGUGGAUGUGGGGUGUUCCUGUGGCUGAACUACAUGGAAUGCAUGACGUGGGGAAGGAGUAAUUGCAGUGAGUUACUGCAGGGGCAUGCAGUGGGUGGUGGGGAGUCCACUUUGAUAUGUUAGUGAAAACUCCAGUCUUAAAUACUGAAUGGCAGUAUGUGACUGAGCAGUACAACUUUGGUUUGUUGUGAAAUUUUUUUUUUUACACAAUAACAUCAAAAAGUAGGGAUUUCUGACUGAAGUCUGGGUUUGUUUUUUUUAAGGGGUUAUGGAAACUUGCCCAACAGGUGGGGUUAGAAUGGCUUAAUUCAGCUGUGUGGUGUUGGGUCUUUAAAGGUGGGUGUAAUCUGUGCCUCUCUCAAACAACUAGGCUGUAAGGAUGGUGGCUGGCUGUCUUCAUCUGUUGAAUUCUGACAGCUGUUUAACUCGCAAUGGGAGUCUGGGCAUCCAUAUGCUGUGUGCGGUGUUUCUGUGCUGGUGCUCUUUGCUUUUUACUAUAAACCUGUUUUAACACACCCAUCUUGACACAUCCACUGUAGUGUUGCUGUUAAAGUUUGUUUCUCUUUGUUUUCAAUUUGUAACUUACAGUGUGUGUGGUAAGUAAUGUGCUUGUAUCAGCAGUGCAUUCUUAGCAUCGCUGCAGUCGGGGCCAAACAGUUACACUGUUCUCAUAGAAAAUGCACAUUCUAACUAAGGACACUGUAGUUUUAAUGGUUAUAACCAGGAUAGGUUUGUUUUCAGCAUCAGGGCUUGCUUCCCUGGCUACUAUAUGUAGCUGGGCUAGCAGAAAUCUAAAGUUCUGUAAACAAUUGCUGUAAGAGAUAAUUUACUUUCCUGCUAUUGCUUCCUUUGCCUUUCCUUUUUAUGUUCUUCUGCUUAGCAAAGCCUUGCUUUUUCCACUGUAGCCACGUAGGCAGGUUGUGCAGAGAGGUUGUGAAGUCUCCUUCCUUGGAGAUACUCAAAAGCUGUCUGGACAUUCUGGGCAACCAGCUCUAGGUGGCCCUGGUUGAGUAGGGGGCUGGUCAAGAUGACCUCCAAAGGUCCCGUCCCAGCCCAACUGUUCUCUGAUUCUGUCCCUUCUUAGUGGGUGUCCAGCAGCCCUGCUCUGAGCAGUGCAUAAGGUCCCCAAACAGUUUGUAGUCCAGAGGAGAUACGGCACUAAAUUGACAUUCCUUUUCCUGCUGAUGGUUUGCUCUAGGGCGAAGCUAGCUGCUUUACCUUCUCUGGCUCAUAAUUAAGAGAUGUCCUUUCUUAAAGUUCUAAUUAAUCUGUGCUGCGUGGUCAGAUAACUGAUCAGAGAAUGCAGCUAUGAUGGGUGCAGCUGACCGUGCAGAGCUCUCCUGGGGGUUUGGCCCACUCUGUAAGAAGGGGAACCCUGGGAAGGUGCUGUGUUGUUGGCUGAGUGGGUCUGCACCAGCGUCCCGGGUGUGCUCGCUCCAAGCUGGAUUUGGCCAGAGCCAAACCUACAUGGAGCCACUGUCCCUGCUGGUACUUGGGGUGUCCCUGUUUGUGGACGGUCCGUAAGCAGAGCUGUGUGUGGAGCCUGCUUUGAGCUGGCCGUGGGCAGAGGGGGAAUGUGCCAGCGUUUUGUGAUUGUGGGGAACAGCUUAGGCCUGGUUUAGGCAGCCUUGCCUGAUUGUGUUAAACUGAACGUGUCCGUGUGCUGUUUUCCCCAGCCCUGUAGGAAGAUUUCCUUAGGUGAAGGUGGUGCUGGAAGUUAAUUAGCCCUGCAUUUGGCUUACUAGACACGGCACAGAAAAGCACAUCCUUAAAGCCAAAGUAUGAGGAGUGGAAUCCCAAGAUUGUUUCAGUACCUGGGUGAAGAGUCGAGCCAGACUCAGGACAUGGGGGCACUUUCUGCACUACUGUAGGAGCUGUGGUACUGAGGCUCCCGAUCCCCCAGCUAACGGAGGGAUGGCAGUCACUAGCUGGGAGGGAUGACUGCGCAGGUUUUCUUCAUCAGUAAAGACAAAUCUUUGCAAUUUGUCUUAAAUUAUGUGAAUUAGGGAAAAGUACAUAAAUUACAAGGAAAUAUAAAUACGAAUUUUCUUAACGUGCAUUGUUUACACUGAAGAAAUAGUGAACAAAAGACAAAGAGAUUUCAGGCAAUAUGAAUGAUUGAGGUUAAGAUGCAACUUUCAUUUUUCUUACAGUGCAGUGGUACCUCAAUUCAAUCUGCUUAGAGCCAACGAUUCAUAACUAAAAGAAGAAUUUAAUAGGCUUCAGCCAGAAUCUAUGCUCUACUAAAAUAGAAUAAUCCUAAUGCUCCCAUAUUGACAACCAAUUCUGGUAACAUCUUUCAGUCCUCUUGCAAACUGAGUUUUGUGUCUGGCCUUUUAAUUUGUUUCUUAUACCUUCAGUUAAUUUCUAGUCUAUUCUCUUUUUUUUUUAAAAAAAAGAACACACCAAGAUUUCAGGCAUUUUGUCUUCUGCUAUCUUAAAAAAAUACUUGUAUCCAUUUGAAGAUAACAAAUGAGAUAACCCUUGGUUUUGGAUAUGUUUAGUGUUUUGCUCUGUUAGCAACCACCCCAAAACUUAAUCAUUUAGGGGAAGUGAGUUUUAAGGCAGAUAAACAUUGGGAAUACCUCAGUAUUUUUGCAGUUUUGUCUGCAGUUCCAAGGCAUUGCAUAGUAGCUGCAUUCAAAGAUCCUUGUCUGCACAAAUUAUAUUUACGAAACACCACAUCAUCAAAACCGGCCUUAUUUGGAACUUGAGUUUUUAAAUUAAACAAGUUUGUUAGCUGUUUUCAUACAAAGAGUAAGUGAAUGGCUAUAAUUAUCACAAGUAUAUGCUAGCAACUUUUUUUUUUUUUUAACUAUCUUUGAAGAAUUUCCUAUCGAGGCUGUUUUCAUACGCAGCGCGUAUUCAGGUUUACGUAGUGGCCACUGGAUGUCACUCUUUCUCCACAAAAGUUGUUUUGUAACGUUACCGUUGGAUUUCGUGUUUUGCUGCUAUUUGAUUGUCAGUGGAGCAUUCCUUCAGGCUGUAAUCCUACAGAAAGGGAUACAUCAAGUAGAAAUAUACUUCCAUUUAAGGAAUAAGAGAAGUGGAUGGUUCCUUCAAGGGCCUGGGAAGUAUAUAGAUAGGAGCUGUUAAAUAUUACUGUGUAAGUAACAGAAAUACUGUCACGUAGCUUGAGUCCCCAGGGCUAUCAGACAAGUUCUGACAAGGAAUUAUAUUUAGGAAUAUUUAUAUUUUACAUUGGGGACUCACAGGCGUCUCUCGGGGUACAGAAUUCUAUCUGUAUAAUUAUAACAAAUGAAGCUGAUAAAACCCAUCCUUUUGGUGUGGGUUUUGUGUAACAGUUGCAUGAAAACGAAAAUCUGUCCUUGCAAAAGUAUUUGCUAUUUUCCUAAGUGUGAAAAUACACCUCUAAAAGAAACAGUUUUUUUUCUUAACCAUGUGGCUGUUGGGAGAUUUGAAUGAAGUGGCUGGCCUACCCAUUGUUUUGGAGAGGAUUUUAAUGGCCCACCCUUGCACGUUAUUACAGGUUUCCCUCCUCCUGUGAAGAUGAUUUUAAGCUGCUGCUCCUUAGCGUGCCUGCAGAUCAAUGCUGUAAUUAAAUUACAGACACAUGCAGUUUGGAUUCUCUGAUGGACCAACCAACUAGGAGUUUAACGUUGUGCCAUUAAUAGACUGCUAACAUGAGCAUGGUCUUCUCUGCAGAAGAAGAGGACUCUCACCCAUGGAUGUAAAUAAUUUGGGGUCUGCUUUCAUGCUUAUUAAUGCUUGUUGGUGUUUGACUUGGUUUCUACUGAGAGAUUAUUUACCCUCUGAAGGACCCGUUGGGACUCCUUGUCAGAUCAGUUCUUGGGUGGAGCUUGCAGCAACUUGAGACGGUCUGUCUGUACAAGACUGACAAUAAAUAACUCUCGAGCGCUGUGGAGAGGUGGAAACUGCAGCUGAGAAAUGAUUUGGGGGAAAGGAAGACAGAAAAGCACAAGCAAACUAUUAUGGAAAUACAAAUAGCCCUCUAAAGGAUUAACAAAUGUAUCAGCUAUGGAGUCUGGCUGUAGUCCCAGCAAGAGAGAUUUCUCUUCAGAGAAAACCUGUUAACCAUUUGGAGGGAGUACAUGUGAACAAGACGGAGUUAUUAAAUAAAGGUCUGCUUCAGGUUUAGUCUCCCAGCGGGGAACGCCUUUGAUCUGAAAGACCAUCUCUGCUAGAAAUGGAUAACUUCACAAAUGGGCAGCCGGGCCCAGGUCAGAGGAACAGGUUGAUGGGAUUGCUAGAAACAGAUGACAGUAUCCAGGAAGAUAAACCUGCAUCUAGCAAAAAGGAAGAAAGAUCAGGACAUGGAAAGAAAGGAGAGCCACGACCCUUGGAGACACCUUAUCAAAAGGAGAGCAGUGACUUUUCUCCUAAAGUCAAGAUUAAUCUGAACUAUAGGCCAGGACUCGUUAGCAACCAAAAAGACCCAAAUCGCUUUGACAGAGACAGGCUCUUCAGCGCGGUCUCAAGGGGCAGCCCCGAGGCACUGGAUGGUUUACUUGAGUACUUAAGGAGGACCUCCAAGUUUCUCACCAAUUCUGAAUACACAGAUGCAAAGACUGGGAAGACCUGCUUAAUGAAAGCCCUGUUGAACUUAAAAAAUGGAAAGAAUGACACAAUCCCACUUUUGCUGGAAAUAGACCAAAAGACACAGAAUCCCAGGCCGCUUGUCAAUGUGGCGUGCUCUGACUGUUACUACAGAGGGCAGACAGCACUCCAUAUUGCCAUAGAGAAAAGGAGUCUAGAUUUAGUGAAACUUCUAGUAGAGAAUGGAGCUGACGUCCAUGCCAGAGCCCAUGGUGAAUUCUUCAGGAAGAAGAAAGAAGGAGUUUAUUUUUAUUUUGGUGAACUUCCCCUUUCCUUGGCUGCUUGUACCAACCAGCUUGAGGUGGUGGAAUAUCUUCUAAACAAUCCCCAUCAGAAAGCCAGGCUCCAGGAGCAGGAUACACAGGGCAACACAGUCCUCCAUGCCCUGGUGAUGAUUGCAGAUGACACUGAGGAGAACACCAAGUUUGUGAGCACAACAUAUGUUGAGAUCUUGAAGGCAGGUGUGAAGGUUGACCCAACGUGGAAACUGGAGGAGAUUGUGAAUUAUGAUGGACUAAAUCCUCUGCAGCUUGCUGCCAAGACAGGCAAAGUGGAGAUCUUUAAGCACAUCAUCCAAAGAGAGAUCAAAGACCCAGUGUACAGGCACCUGUCACGCAAGUUCACUGAAUGGACCUACGGACCCAUCCAUGUGUGUCUCUAUGACUUGUCCUCUAUAGACAGCUUUGAGGAAAACUCUGUGCUGGAGAUUCUGGCAUACAGCAGUGACACACCGAAUCGUUACAAGAUGGUGGUUUUGGAGCCACUGAACAAACUGCUUCAGCAAAAAUGGGAAACGUUUGCUUCCAAGAGAUUCUACUUCAGUUUUGUCUCAUACUUGUCAUUCAUGAUCAUCUUUACAGCCAUUGCAUACUAUCAACCCUUACGGGUAAAGCCUUCAUUUCCAGUGGAGUUCACAGCUGGAGGCUUCCUGUGGGUCUCUGGACUGAUCAUUAUCUUGCUAGGAGGCAUUUACCUAAUCUUUGCUCAGAGCCUGUACUUGCGGAGGAGGCGCCAGUCCCUGAAGACUAUGUGUUCUGACAGCUGCAUUGAGAUCUUGAUCUUCAUCCAGGCUUUUUCAUUGCUGUUGUCAGCAGUCCUGUAUGGUGCAAGUUCAGAAAACUACGUGGCAGUGAUGGUGUUCUCCCUGCUUUUGGGAUGGGUGAACAUGCUGUAUUACACUCGGGGCUUUCAGCGCACUGGGAUCUACAGUGUCAUGAUACAAAAGACUAUCCUGAGAGAUCUGCUGCGUUUCCUCUUGGUUUAUAUGAUCUUCCUGUUUGGCUUUGCUGCAGCUCUGGUUACGCUGAUGGGGGAUGCUCCUUCGGCCUCUCAGAACAAGUCCCUUGCUCACCUGGAGAGCACUGGGAGCCAUGCUAUGUACGGCGGGCUGCUCAGCGUCUCCCUGGAGCUCUUCAAGAUCACCAUUGGGAUGGGGGACCUGGAUUUCCAGGAACAUGCCAGAUUCAGAUACUUCGUCAUGCUCCUGCUGCUUCUCUUUGUGAUCCUCACUUACAUUCUUCUGCUGAACAUGCUGAUUGCGCUCAUGAGUGAAACUGUCACAGAUAUUUCUGGUUAUAGCAAAAGCGUCUGGAAGCUGCAGAGGGCUAUCGCUAUUCUAGAAAUAGAGAAGGCCUGGCUGUGGCGCCAAGGUGGGAAGAGGAGAUCUGGCUGCUUCAUGUCAGUGGGCCUCAAUAAAAAAGAUGAGAGGUGGUGUUUCAGAGUAGAGGAAAUUAAAUGGACAAAUUGGGCGAAGGAUGUGGGAGUUCUUAAGGAAGAACCUGGAAACGUCAGUGAUUCAGAAAUAAAUCCAGAAGCUUCCUGCUGACAAAGGGCUGCUGUUUUUGUCUCCUGCUGUAGAGACAAGAUCAUGGAAACGGAUGCCACAGAAAGAUCCGAGAUCAGCUGUUUCAGAGGAGCAGUCACUGUUGCAGCCCCAGCUACCAGCAACUGAGAUGAUGCCUCUAGAGGGACAAACCAGAAAUCUUUAGCAGGUUUUUCUGGACUGCAACCUUGCUUCCGUCUUCAAAGGAUUAGUUCUUCCUGCAGCAGCUGGAAGAAUUGAAGGCAUUAUCGGUAUUAAAGUGCAUUUCAUCGAAGACUUUGGUUCAGCCUGUGGCUUUAAAUACUUUCAUGCACUUUAAACGUUCAUUUUCUUUGAAGAAACUAUUUUUACUCAACUUUCUCUGCCUGACACUUUCUUAUUACUAUGUCUAAAAGUGCAAGAGCAAGAUCACAGGGGCAGUGGGGAGUGGUUUUUGGGAAGGCAGUGCUUUCUGAGCUGUACAGAAAUAAUGCUGUUUGCUGUAGAGAAGCAAAGGAUGGAGUGACCUGUCUAAGAAUGGGUUGACUGUUAUUCUUUUGUCACAAGAGACUGCACUGAAGUGCUUUGGAAUAAAGAGUGUUGUAGAGUCUUAAAAAGUUGCGAAGGAUGAAGUUGGCUCCUGUGCAAAACACUCCUGGUGUGAGACAUGAGUGGACAAAUAGUCUUCAGUCAUCAAGAGUCAUAGAGUCUUUGUGUCGGGACCUGCAGUGCUCAGUGUUUAGCCCACAGCAGAAUUCCCGUUUUACAAUAUUAUUAAAUUGUUUGCAUGAUGUGCACAUUUAUUUAAGAACACAAAAGUGAUGUGGAUUUCCUGGACCUGUAACCUCAUGUGGUGAAUUUUUGAAAGAUCUGUCUGUCACAGGUUGUUUUGUCUCUGUAGAAAACAGCAGCAAAAUCCUGCACAUGGCUUCUGAGACAGAUGAGCCAAAAUGCAUCGUGUGGUUAACUUUUCCUGUCAGUCUUAGCGGGCGUCCUGUGUUGCUGUAAAUGAUUGCAAGGACCUCAUUGCUCAUUUUGAUCUGCACACUGCCUCAGAUGGGAUGGGAAGCGUACUUUAAACUCUGUGGAAAAGAGAUAAAAAUGCCCUGUCUCACUUUCAGCCUAUAUUUAAAAAUACUAAUCUGUUUCUGUAAACUCCACAUAGCAAGUUUACUUAAUUGAAAAUGUUCAUCCUUGGAUAUAUUUUAAGAUCUUCAGCCUCUCUCAAGAAGGAAGAGAUGUGAUCAGACUAUAAGGCUUGAUCAGCUCCUGAUCACGUUUUACCCAGCACUGUGCUGACCUCACUGCCAUGCAAGUUAACUCUUGUUUUUCACGACCUCAUGUCAGUUUAUACAGCCACAUCUGAAAAUGUAACAGCUGAUGUUGCAUUGGGUGCAUCUUUUAUACAGGGAAUUGCUAGUGAUAACCCUGAAAAUGUGACAGACUACAGAUGUUGGCAGCACUUUUCCUUCAGCAAGAUACACCAUGCAACUGAAGAUCUUCUGUUGCUCAUUUCUACUCUGAGCAAGUGAAGCUAGGGAGCUUGUCUUUUGGAGACAAUCAUCUUAAUUCUGUUGCUUACUACAUGUAUGUGACUGGCAGCAAAAGCAUUGCUUUUAAAACUUAUUCCCUAUCACUUCAAACAGGUUCUUCCCCUGUGCUGGGCAAUUCUGUCUGCAGCUUCACUGCAUUGAGCCUCUGAAUUGUAAUUAACUUUUUUCAUUCCCAGUGUCUACUGUUUUCUUGCUUUGUGAAGCCUUCAGUUGCUUUUUUCCAUCUAUGGCUUUGUCCUAAGUGUUCCCAAGAUUUGGCAAGGUGCUCAUAUUGCACAAAAGGAUCAUCUGGCAUAUGGUAAUCUAUUGCUGUGCUUGGUGCCUUGCUGUGAUAGGGACACUUUGAGAUUCUCCAAAAAUGCAGACCCAGAUCUGCCAUCCUUGCCUGGAGUUUUAAUAAAUAACAAAAGAAAAAAUCUUGCAUCCUGCUAGUGUUUUUGGUAGCUGUGGGCUGUGGCAGCUUGCUUUCAAGAUAACCUGCCUCUUCAGCUAUUCCUUGAACCUGCUUCUCUUUAAAUCCCUUUCUCAAGCUUGCAGUGUUAAUCUUUUGAUCUACAUCAAAAAUGUUCUUAAACAUCUAGUGUUUGCUCUGAAACAGGGCCUUGACGUUCCUUGUGCAUCAGUCAUGCCACAGAUCAAGCUCAUGAAUGAAGGAUGAUGCACAGCAGACAGGGACAGGCACAUGCAGCAAAGAGAUAUGUCAGGUUGGUCAGAAUAUCUAGCAAUGCCCCAGCUGAUGGACUGUUCUUUGAUGUGCUAUGGAAAAAAGAUUUUCUGAGGAGUUACGACCUCUCUACAGUGAGAGGUGAGUCAACACUAUUAAGAUUAAUAUCAGUAACCUCCCAGUUUUUAAUAUUCUUAAUGCACAAGGCUCCUCUUUGGUUUCACCAUCUGAAUCACUCCCCAUUUUGGUCACGUUACAAACAGGAAGGCUGUCUGGUGUUUUUGUGGGAUGUCUGCAAUUGCUUGUGAGAGGGAAGGACUUAGAAUCUGGUUCAUAGCUUUGAAAGCCCAACAGGAUUUUGGGAUCCGCUCUUAAUGGAUCAUAAUGUUUUGUCAGGAAACACUUCAUUUACGCAGAUGAGGUGUCAUAAGACAGAUGAGCUGUCUUCUCCUUUCUACCUCUUGUGACAGGUAAACCCAUCUGCAUGAUAAACCCAUCCCUAUGCACAUGGGGAGGCUUUGCAGGGCUCUCAUCUGAGAAAACAGAAGGCUUUCACAAACAUCAGUGAAAGAAAUAGCUGCAGUUCGUCUCCUCUGCCUACCCCAUGUAUGAGCCACAGAGAAUCUGAAGGCCCAGCCAUGCCAUGAAGACAAGACACCAUCAGCUCUCGUUCCUUUCCAUGCAGAAUUAUGGAUGCUGAAACCCUUCCCUGUGUAAUUUGAUCAAAGUUGCCUGGCUCCUGGCAGGGCUGGGAGAUGAACGCAGACUGUGUUGUUUCCAAACUCCUCCUUCUCCUCUACUCGAGCACCCUUUGCCUGGUCAUUGCUCCCUGGGUCCCCUCUGCCAGGCUCCAAAUGCUCCCCGCUGCAGUCAUCUAUCUUGCUGCUUAUCUGGUCAUGUCUGGUUUGUAUGGUUACCAAUUCCCCAUAAGGCUAUUUUCCUCAGGGGUAUCGGUGGAAGCAAGACUUUCUUGUUCCUCAAAUGCUUUGCGCAUUUUAUUUUGUUGUUGUAUUCCUUUUUUUUUUUUUUUUCCCCUCCAAAGCAUACUCUGAAGCUGGUAUGGGGAGUUUUAUCUGUGUUAUGUUGAUUCUCUCUCUUUUUGUGACCCCACUUGCAACUAAGCUUUCUUUCCAUUGCCUUUGUAGCUAGCAAAAUAAGUCUUUGAAAUGUGACAAGCAAAAGGGCUUAGACAAGGAACAGAUGCUUUAUGUAAGUCUGCAUAAGCUGCAAAGAGCUAUUUCUGAAGUGAUGCAGCUGGUAGAUUUCUCAGCUGGACUGCUCUUGGGGCAAGCUAUCAGUUUUGUUCUUUGCUGUAUUGAAGAAAUGUCGUUGUUUGCUCUGGGACUAAACAAUGAAAUUGGAAAAAAAAAAUUAGAAGAAAAUGGUUCCACUUUGCAACCUCACAUCUGCUUCAGCAGCACAAAAGUGUGGCCUGACAGGACUAGGCAAAGCCUCAGGAAGGUGUGACUGUGACUGGCUCAUCACUGGCACUAACUGUGACUGAAAUCUGAGUGCAGAGAGCAUUUUCUUCACUUUCUCGACGUGAUCUUUUUUCAGUUUGGAUUUGUGAGAGCUUGAGUGGUACAGCAUUUCUGGACUGUGAGGAUGGUCGUUAAUGUUAAACACAGGGCGUCCUUAGAGGUAGAGAGUUGGAGGUGGCUAGAAAAUGUCUGUGUGAUUUGUUGCACUCCUUUUCUGAGAAUCCUUGGAAAACUCACGCUUUCUUGGCAAAGAGAACUGCAUCUCUGGAAUGGCUUUCUCCCCCCACCCCUUCCAAAAGGAUUUGCUAUGCAAUUAACUCUUCCGAUUGCUCAGCGUUUGCUAUUUCUGCUCAUUUAGCACUUGUAAUAACACACUGCAUCCAAAUAAUACCUGCUACGCAGUAUUCUGAUAGUAUGAACUAUUUAGGAGUAAUUCUGUGCUAGUCUGGUGCAGACUCUAGGGUCAACAGUAGAGAGAAACAAGGGAUCAAUAAAAACCAAAGAAUUGUUGGUAGAGGGGAGAUGUGCAGAAUCUCUUACCAUACCCUGGGCAUCCUGCCAUAAAAUGUCAAUGUUUCUGACCCCAAUAAUAUACAAAAUAAAAGGGGAACACCAAGUACUCUGUG